CAGGAAGACGUGUUUGUCUCAUGUCAGUCUCUUGAGAAACGCGCGUGUCGUCCUGUUGCUGCAACACAGAUUGGUCCACAGACAAACAGCACUUGAACGCAACACACCAACUCAACACCAGCAUUACUCAACAUGCUUCACCGUGUCGCGUUUACACGACGCAGACAGAAGGUGACAACAACAGAACUUCAGUAAGUGUAUGUCAAAGAGACUUUGUCCGAGUCUCCCGGCGGAGGGACAAGUCCGUUUAGUUUGUACAGCGACAAAACAAAGUGAACUUAUCUUACCGGGCUUUUCAUCUUGAGACAAGAAGGCACAAAGACUCCGGGGAAGAUGCUAAGCACCCCCAUCCCGUUUUCAAAGACGUCUAGUUGUCUUCAUGAACAUCGAGGAUAUCAGAGGUAGAUUAGCCGGCCUGCUAACCGCUGGACGCUGCUCGACGCUCGACUGCUCCUGUCUGAGUGUUGAACAGCAGCUGCGUGGAGCCGCAGCUCGUGGCUUCAGCUAAGGACUUUAACUGCUCAAACUGUCCCGCUGGAGUUUAGUUUGUCAUUUAAAUCUGCUCAGUCAUGGCGAACGACUCUGUGAAACUCUCCAAAAACCUCUUACGCAUGAAGUUCAUGCAGAGAGGUUUGGAUGCAGAGACGAAGAAGCAGCUGGAGGACGAUGAGAAGAGAAUCAUAAGUGAUGAGCACUGGAUUCUGGACCUGCCAGAACUUACAGCUAAAGAGAGUUUGAUCAUAGAGGAGAAGAGUUUUGUUCCCUGUGAGGACCUGAAGUUCGGCCGCAUCUCAUUCAAGGGUUUUAAUCCAGAAGUCGAGAAGCUGAUGGCUGUGAUGAAUCCAAAGGACGAAGAGGAGAAAGAAGAAGAGGAGGUCAGCCGGAUGCAAACAGACGUCACAGAUGAGGAAAUGGCUCUGAGGUACGAGAGUUUAGUCAGAAGCAUGAAGAAGAAGUUUGCAAAGAAGCGUGACAGAGCAGCCAUAGAAGAAGAGGACCUCAACCAGAACCAGGACCAAACCAGCACAAAGAGGGUCUUUGUGAAACCUCAGGACUGAGCCCAGCAUGUGACGGACUCAUUUUUAUGUCAAAGGUUCAAAUAUAUUUUUUAACAUCAGAGACUGUUGAGCAGCGUGUGCAGCAUUUAAAGCUGAUUGGAUGUCAUACAUCCUGUUUUUUUUUUAAAGAGACGUAUCUGUGAGAUGCUGUGAGAGUAUGAAGAGUGUUUUUACAGUUUGUGCAGAACAGAUGAGACUUAAAUUAAAAUCACAGCUCGUGUA